AUGGAAAGUGGAGGAGGAGGCGUCUCCUCGACCCUCAGGUCACAUCGCGAUGUCGACACGUCUGGUGGGUCAUACGCGUUCGCGGGAAGGGAGAUCUUCAUUCCCGGAGACUUUGACAGCAUCAACGAGGGUCUGACCCAAACAGGGAAUGGCGACAAGCUUCACAUUCAGAAUGGCAGCUACUCGUUCCACAACAUUGCUAUGGUCGACCAUCGACUGUAUGUGACGGGCGAGGAAGACACGUUCGUCAUCGGCCCUUGGAGCCUCAAGAAGAUGUCAGGCGGGCUCUUUCAGACGCUCUCACUCGGAUACAAGGCGCAGGAAGGAUUGAGUCUCCGCUUCUCGUGCAUGGCUAGUUUCUCUUCGGCAUGGAUCUUUGAGGAUUGUGAGAUCCGAGGAAUCCGUUGCCUGGUGUUUGCCAUGUUCGAAAAAUCUGACAUGAAGUUUCUUGCUUGCAACAUGGGAGGAAUGAAGGAGGAUGACGACUACUUUGCCAUCAGCGCACUAAUAGCGGACGACCAGUGA